AUGUCCGCCGAAGAGCCCGACUUUCUCGACCAGCUCAUAGCAGCCCACGAAGCCAACCCCAACCCUUCGCAAAAAGAAGUCACCUAUGAAGACUUCCAGAAAGUGCUCGACUCUACACCCUUGUUCAUGAGGGAGACGCCCGAAGAAGGGCCCGACGGUAAUCAUCCCAUCUUGGAUGCCCUCAAAACCCUAGUGUUUGAUGGUGAAGGAGAUGAGGUCGCUCUCAAUCUCAAAAACCACGGCAACGAGCUCUACGGCCAAAAGUCCUACGCCGACGCUAUCGUAGCCUACACUCAAGCCAUCGAUGCCAAACCCGCCGAUCACCGUCUCCGCAUCACCCUCUACAACAACCGCGCCGCCUCCCACCUCAUGCUCAGAAAGUACAGCAGUGUCCUCGAAGACACGAGCAGUACCAUUGCCAUCUACUCUGCUGGGAAAAAGUCGGGGCUUGACCAGGAUAAGGGGCUCGUAAAGGCGUUGUGGAGGUCGGCACAGGCGCUGGUAGCGCUCAGAAGAUGGCAGGAGGCAGGAGAUGUCAUUCCCCGUGGUGCCGACCUGGCGAAAGAGGUCGGAGAAGAUACCGAGGGCUGGGACAAACUCCGCGUGCAGGUGGAGAAGGGGAUCAAGCAGGCUGAAGAGCAUGCUGAGCGUCUCCGGCGCGAGACCAUGACCAAGCUUGCUUUGAAACAGGCGGUGUCGGACAGGGGGUUGAUCAUCCUCGACACUCCUUCCCCGCCUGAUAACCCCAACCCGCCCCACUUUGACCCAGACUCCAUCCCUCCUACAGACAACGAAUCUGGCUGGGCCCCACCCACACCGCAUACGCCUGUGGUGUUCCCCGUCUUCUUGCUGUACCCUUCGUAUAGCCAGUCUGAUUUCAUCACGCACUUUCACGAAAACUCGGCGUUUGAGGAUCAGCUCGCAGUCAUGUUCCCCACCUCUCCCUCCAACCCACAAGUCCCUUGGACAGAAUGGGAUGAAAAGCACGAGUACUAUGUGCCCAACCUUGUUCUCUACGUGGAGACAUCAGAGAAGCGACUGUUGAAGGUCGGGAAGGAGUUGACGUUGAGGGAGGUGCUGCUAAAGGCCAAGAGGGACGCCAAGGGGAGCGUCAAGAAGGACGGUGUGGUGCUGAGAGAUGGAUUGCUGAGCUUUGUGAUCCUCAUCAAGGGAGCGCAAGAGAGGGCAUGGAUAGAAGAGUUCAAGAAGGCGCGAGAUGCGGCACAGUAG